ACUAUCGCUUUCUCUUUGUAUUCACCCCCUCUUUGUUUGAACGUCAGUGAUUGCACCUAUCUCCUUUGCCGACUUUUGCCCACGCUCGGCCCGGGCAAACAAGCAUUGGGGAAACUGAAGAAACCUCGGCUCAUUGCCCGCCCGCGACGACAUCAAACCACCGAUAUAUCGACUUCACACACCAUAUAGACAGCAUUGAACAGCACGCAGAAUCAAAUCUCGCCCUUGAAAACAGCUGGUCUCGGCAGAAACUGACCCCCGUCGCCCACAGCCGAACGGGAUCUUCAUUUAUCGGAUUCGGUCGGUGGGAAAAUAAAUGUAUGAGGAGGUUGCAGCGCGUCACAUUUAAGAGUGCAUUUUGAAGCUUGCGGUUCAAUCAGGAAUUGAGCUCGAUAUUUAGCGUUAGAAGGAAGCAGUACGGAGUACAGGAUAUCAUUAGUAUCUGCUGAGUACUCUUCGCGAAUUCUAAAGCAGCACCAACCAUGCACGCCAUCACCGUCUCCUCCACCGACGGCCAGCCGGGUAAGCCGGGCAAAGUCUACUACCCUCUCGCCCUUCGGGACAUCCCCAAGCCCACGCCCCAAGGCACCGAGCUCCUCAUCAAGAUCACCGCCGCGGCUCUAAACCACAGAGACCUCUUCAUCCGCCAGCACCUGUACCCGGGUGUUUCGUUCGACACCCCUCUCCUCGCGGACGGAGUGGGCGUCGUGGUCGCAGCCGGCCCACAAGUCCGAGAGCCACAAUCCUGGAUCGAAAAGCGAGUCAUUCUGAACCCGGGCACAGGAUGGAAAGAUUCAGAGGACGGUCCAGAGUCGCCAACGGGAUAUGCCAUCAUGGGCGGAACGAAGGCUAAUCCCAAGGGCACGUUGCAGGAGUAUGUCACUCUGGACGUGACGGAGGUUGAGCUAGCGCCCGAGCAUCUGAGCGACGUCGAGGCCGCUGCUCUGCCCUUGACAGGCCUGACUGCCUGGCGUGCUCUUGUCACCAAAGCUGGCGAUAAGAACUCCAAGGCCGGUGCGGCGGUUUUGAUCACGGGGAUCGGUGGUGGAGUCGCCCUGAUGGCGUUGAGAUUCGCAGUCGCCCGAGGCGCCGAUGUCUACGUCACGAGCUCGAGCGAGGAGAAACUCAGACAAGCUACCGAGCUGGGUGCUCGCGGGGGGGUAAAUUAUAAGGAGGACGGAUGGGACAAGAAACUGCUUGGCAUGCUGCCGAAGGGGAAGAGGAACUUUGACGCCAUAAUCGACGGUGCGGGUGGAGAUAUUGUCGAGAAAUCAGCCCGGCUGCUCAAGGCCGGAGGAGUUCUCUCCGUUUACGGCAUGACGAUCGCGCCGAAGAUGCCUUUCUUCAUGCAAGCCGUGCUUAAGAACAUAGACGUCAAGGGCUCGACGAUGGGCUCGAGAAAGGAAUUUGAAGACAUGGUCAACUUCGUCAAAGCGCAUGGCAUCCAGCCCAUUGUGUGGCGCGUGGUGCAGGGUAUCAACAACAUCAAAGAGAUCGAUAGCCUAUUUGACGACAUGAAGCAGGGAAGCCAGUUUGGCAAAUUGGUCAUUCGGAUCGCCAAUGACGGCGUGUCCGACAGCAAGCUGUAA